CCUCACAUAUUUCUUCCAUCAAUCAAUCACCUCAAUCAUUCCAAAUUCCAAUCUCCAAUCUCCAAUCCAAUCCUCCGUUUCUCUCUCUACUGCUGCUGAUUUUACAAUACAGAAGACGAAUUUAUUUUUGGUUUGAUUCGGUGUGUGCUGGUUCCUCAAGUCUGUGACUGCAGGGCAUACAAGGGUUUCCUGAUUAAAUUGGGUAAUGGGAGAAUGAAAUGGAGUAAGAUGCAAGAUUCGAUUGCUUAUGAUGGGAACAAUCAGUUAUGAUGCUACACAAGGUUUUCUUGAAGAGAAUCUUGAACUGCAAAUGAGAUGUCUUCCAGUAAGAGUCCAACUCAGCACUUGAAGGAUGCUGGAUUGCAGAGUCAAAUUGCCGAUGCUGUGAACAGGCAUAGCUCGGAAGCACAUUGUUCACCAAAAAAUCUAAGGGAUGACAGUGAUGUUCAUCAUAAAGAUCAAGAAGCUAUGGAACUUUAUUCCCGAGCCAGAGCGCAGGAAGAAGAGAUCCAAUUUCUUCGUGGGCAAGUCACUGUUGCCUGUCUGAAGGAAUUGCGGCUGCUGAACGAGAAGUAUGCGUUGGAGAAGAAAUUUGCUGACUUAAGAAUGGCAAUAGAUGAGAAGCAGAAUGAAGCCACUACUUCUGCAUUAAAUGAGUUGGCCCGCAGAAAAGGUGAUCUUGAAGAAAAUUUGAAAUUAACUCACGAUUUGAAGGCUGCAGAUGAUGAAAGAUAUGUCUUCAUGUCAUCCAUGCUUGGGUUAUUGGCUGAAUAUGGUAUUUGGCCCCAUGUCGUAAAUGCUUCUGCCAUAUCUAACAGCUUAAAGCAUCUACAUGAUGAAUUGCAGUGGAAGAUUAGAACUUCACAUGAACAGCAAGGUUUUGACCGUUAUACUGACGCGCAACGUAUGGAGCCAACUGCAAAAGUUCAGCUCCACAUGAAUGAUUUUACAGACACAAGAAAUUUGAUGCUAAUUAAUAAAGAAAAUCCACAGCAGUUCACAGCCAAUAUAGAUAGUAAUACAACUCACAGGAAUAUGGAUGGCUUUAUUCUCCAUGAUUCAUUUGAUAAAGAUGUUGCGUAUGGGAGAGCUGAACAAACCAAUGGCACCUCAUAUCCUCAGACACCUGAUAAUACAUCCUCUAUUUCACAAGGGCCUGGUAUAGAGAAUUUUCAGAUAAUUGGUGAUGCGGUACCUGGAGGCAAACUUCUUGGAUGUGGAUUUCCAGUACGCGGAACUUCACUUUGCAUGUUUCAGUGGGUUCGUCAUCUUCAAGAUGGCACUAGGGAGGUUAUUGAAGGAGCUACAAAUCCAGAAUACAUAGUCACAGCUGAUGACGUUGAUAAAACUAUUGCUGUCGACUGCAUACCAAUGGAUGAUCAAGGCCGCCAGGGGGAACUAGUGAGGCAUUUUGCUAAUGAUCAGAACAAAAUUAAAUGUGACCCGGAGAUGCAGCUGGAGAUUGACACACAUAUAUCUAGAGGACAAGCCACUUUCAUUGUUCUACUGCUGAUGGAUUCUGCUGAGAAUUGGGAGCCAGCAACUCUAUUUCUGAGAAGGUCAGGCUAUCAGAUCAAGAUCAAUAGCACAGAAGCUCUUGUCAUUGCUGAGAAAUUCUCAAAUGAUUUAUCAAUUAAAGUUCCUUGUGGCUUCUCAACUCAAUUUGUGCUGACAUGUUCUGAUGGAUCUUCUCAUCCUUUUAGCACAUACAGUGUUCGGAUGCGUGAUACUCUUGUUUUGACGAUGAGAAUGCUACAAAGCAAGGCAUUGGAUGACAGAAGAAAAGGAAGGGUGUAAUUGGUUAUUUGGAGCAUAAUGUUUAUAGCCAUUAGUCAUUCAUAGUAGUAAUUAGAAGACACGAUUUGAUUAAUUAGACUAUUAGACAGUGUUCGGUAUCUCAGGCUGCCGAAGUGAACAGAUUAUCGCCCAUUUAUUAUUGUUACUGUAGUUAUCAUCAUAUAGUAAUCUCAGAAGCAUUCUGUAUAGUAGACUAGCCUGCAAAAUAUGACCGUACAUGUAAAGAUUUUGCAAUCGAGCUAAUUAUUACUUUACAGCCUUUUCUUUG